AGCAACCUCUAAUCAGAGCCCUCAUCCCUCUCUCGCUCUCUCUCUCUCUCCAUCUCUUCUACCUCGACGGAGACGGUUAGAAGAUAAGAGGUCAGAGAUUAGCUCAAUAUCUUCUUUCAAUACCUAUCCCGAGUAAUAAUCUUGCGAUCGACAAUUAAAAACCCACGAAUUACUGGUCUAGGUCAUAUUUUUCACUUCAUCGAACGCGUUUCAGCUUGAAAGCUUAUUUGUGACAGUGGCCUCCUGUAGACAGCCUGAGUAUAGUUGGCCCUUUGGAAAUGGAUAAAAAAGCACCUUCUAGUCUUUUUGUUAAUGAUGGUUCUUUCAUGGAGAGGUUCAAACAACUUCAGCAAGACAAGGGAAAGGACCAGGAGAAGGAUAUAGGUGCCGCAGAAAAGGAAUCUAAACCCAAAACAAUUGUUUCAGGGACACUGAAUCCUAAACCUUCUUCUGGUAAAAUAACUAUGCAAUUUAAGGCUAAUAGUGCAAGCAAGACCCCACAGCCUCCUUCAGGGGGCAAACUUGCUUUCAGUUUGAAACAGAAGUCAAAAAUUGUCGCUCCUCCAGUUAAGUUGGGCGAAGAUGAGGAGGAUGAAGAUGAAGCAGAUGCUGGGAAUGUUUCAGGUGAUACAUCAGCAAAAAGGCAGAAGUUGGGUCAACCAGAUGCCUCUGAACAAUCAAAACAAGUGGAUGUUGCACCACCUUCCCCGAGUGAUCCUACAGUGAAGAAAGUUGCAGACAAACUAGCAAGUUUUGUUGCAAAAAAUGGAAGGCAAUUUGAGCAUAUCACACGCCAGAAGAACCCUGGAGACACACCAUUUAAAUUUCUAUUUGACAAGACUUGCUCAGACUACAAGUACUAUGAGUUUCGGCUUGCUGAAGAGGAGAGGGCUCUUUCACAGGCUAGGGAUUCUGAAAUCCCUCCUAGUGGUGCUACAAGUUCUUCAGCUUCUAAACUGCCUCAGCAGCAACCAAAUUACCAAAUCCCUGCCUCAGCUCUAUAUGAAGCCACUGAUGAGCCUGUAUCGGUGACUUCAGCACAAACAACAUCAGCAGGAAGAACUGUUACUUUGGAUAUUGCAGCUGCAGGUGAAUCUAGUGCUCCAGAAGGUACUGAUCCCAUAGCAAUGAUGGAAUUCUACAUGAAGAAGGCUGCUCAAGAAGAGAGGAGGAGGCAGCCUAAACAGUCAAAGGAUGAAAUGCCCCCGCCUCCUUCCCUUCAAGGACCUCCAGGAAAAAGAGGUCAUCACAUGGGUGACUACAUUCCACCAGAAGAGCUUGAGAAGUUUUUGGCUAGCUGUAAUGAUGUAACUGCACAAAAAGCUGCUAGAGAAACUAUAGAAAGGUCCAAAAUCCAAGCUAAUAAUGUUGGGCAUAAGUUGUUGUCCAAAAUGGGUUGGAAAGAAGGUGAGGGACUGGGGAGCUCGAGAAACGGUAUUGCAGACCCCAUCAUGGCUGGUAAUGUAAAGAAGGACAACUUGGGUGUUGGUGCUCAACGUCCUGGAGAGGUGACUGCCGACGAUGAUAUAUAUGAGCAGUAUAAGAAGCGGAUGAUGCUUGGUUACCGCUACAGACCAAAUCCUUUGAACAACCCUCGAAAAGCAUAUUACUGAGCAACCUCACUGAAGCUAGUUGUUUGUCAAGACCUAUCUUUGGAAAAUAAAUAGGGAUUGAACUACUUAUUAUACUUUACAAAGGAAUAUUAAAUUAUAUCGUAAGACAGGAUGAUGCUAUUUGUGAAAUUGGUGUUCAAUGACAAAUUUAUUUAUUUGUUUUUCA